GACUCUUAGAGCAUGUUGCAACAUACGCGAAUUCUCGCCGCCUCACUGCGCUAUCGCCGGCCGUAUUGGAUGCUCUUCCUUAAGGGCGUGGAUAACUGGCGCAUUUACACCGUUAUUCAGCAGCCCGACCAUCAGCGCACGGAGAUGCUCUACCAGGCCUGGCUCGGCGGCCUGGAUCGCCCGUACGUGCGGCCGAAGUGCAUGGCCCAUCAGCCGCUGUGGCUCAGCAAGAAACGUCAUAUCUUGCAAAAGUCCAGGCUACAGGGGCCGGAGACGGCGAUGGAGAAGUACGUGUUGGAAUGGUAUAGACGCUUCCAUUCAUUUCAAGGGACAGAGCGGCCCACGGCGGAGGAUCUUCACAUCGCGUUCGAUCUCGUUGAGCGUCCGUUGGAUCUUAGCUAUGCAUGUCAGUUGCUGCAUCAGUGCCGUAAUAUCAACAACAUUCGUUUUGACCACAAUUCCUUUCUCAUUUUCCUUGAGGCAUGCCUACGUGUUGACCGGAAGGAUUGUGCUCAGUACGCCUUGGAAAAUGCGGAGGUUUUAGGGUUUUGGCACAUUCAUGACGACUGGCGCAAAUACCUUGACGGCGAGCAAUCGUGGUACCGUAUUUCCCCGCUAGACGGCUUGUAUUACCCAUUGAACGAAAAUAGUGAGCGGAAUGCCACACGCAUUCCACCAGCAGAUGUGCCCGGAAUGGAGUCCAGGAGUCUGACCAUAGAAGACGCGCUGCCGACUCAAACAGCGACGGAGGCCACUCCUGCACAAUCUACAUUACCAUCGGAAAGCAAAAUGGAGGAAGAGCCGGUGGACGACGAGAUCUUACGUCUACAGGCUGAGCUGGAGUCAUUGGAAAGCGAAAUAUCAGUGGAUAAUGAAGCUGAAAAAAUGCAAAAAGAGCCUAGUAACGAUGGCGGGAAGACUGACAAAGGAUAAAGGAUUUCAGAUACAAAUUGCGGUAUCUGUGAAGUCUCUGACGUUCUAAGGGUAAGUAGUUACACAUAAUAUGUACACAGGCCAUAUCUUAACAAGUUUCUAUGCCUGAUAAGCUAAAACUAUGUGGUUUCUUGAUUAUAUCCCUAACGUAGUGAUCAGACGGAGUGGCAUAGUACAUCAUACUAAAUGUAGGCUUCUUUGGAUCGAGGUGGAGAAGGCAAGGUGAUGAUAGUACACUUGGGUAAUGCCCUUCAAGACAAAUUAUCACGAAUUCUAAGGUUCUUUUCAGUGAAAAUACUCAAAAAGAAAGAAAGAAAGAAUUGACCCCACUACUCAGAUUUUUCUGACUAAUUUUGGAUCGAGGUUUUUAUACGUAAAUUUGUCUGCUUUUGGUGUGUGAUGUU